AUUAUCUUCUUGUUUUUGUAACUUUUUUUUAAUUUAAAUACAGGGAGCAGUUGGUGCACUUGAUGGAACACUGGUACAUGCCAUUGUUCCAAUUUCAAAACAAACCAUGUAUAGGGGUAGAGGAAAGGGAGAAUGCUUUCAAAAUGUUUUAGGAAUAUGCGACUUUAAUAUGAUAUUUACGUUCGUUUGGGCAGGCUGGGAAGGGGUAACACAUGAUUCAAGAGUCUUAACGGAUACAGUUGCUGAUCCGAGAAACGGUUUUCCAUGGCCUCCCGCUGGUAAAUACUAUCUUUGUGAUGCUGCAUACACGCAUACUAGAGGAUUUAUGGCUCCGUAUCGUAAUGUGCGAUAUUGGUUAGGAGACUAUCGUCGUAGGCGUGCUUUGACUAAAGAAGAAAAAUUUAACCAUGCUCAUGCUCAAUUAAGGAAUGUCAUUGAACGAACUUAUGGAGUUCUGAAAAAUAGAUUUCCGAUUUUAGAAAAGAUGGCGCCUUUCUCGUUUGAUGUGCAGAGAAAUAUCGUGAUUGCUUGUUUUGCGGUGCAUAAUUUUAUAAGAAAAGAGCGUAUUAAUGAUAAAUUUUUUGAAGAGCUUGAUCAACCUAAUAUGCCGUUUGAUGGUCCGAAUGAGGAUGGACAAGACCAUGAGAAUGAUGGUACAACUACUGGUCCAUGGUGGGGGGAAGAAGAUAUGCAAUAUAUGGCGAAUGUGCGCGAUGAAAUAGCAACCAGGUUGAUGCAUUGA